GCGCAUCUUUACAUCCAAACCACAUCGAUCCGCUACCCAACAUGUCCACCUCCAAGCGCCCAUGGUACAAACCUACGCCCAUCAAUCGCGCGUUAGGUGGUCUCCUCUGCCUCUCCAAUGCGCGCAAGGGCCCCCUCCUGUGCGGCGGCGGAGGAUGCCAUUGCUCUUGCUGUUCCCCCUCCCAUCCACCCGAGUCGGACGACGCGGCGCGCCAGGCCAGUGAGGCCGAGAAAGCCAAGGCGAGGAGCGAAGAACGUCAAGCUCGGUGGGACUAUCGUAGCAAGAGGCUGGACGCAAGGGCUGAGAAGAGGAGUGAGAGAAAGGAGAAACGGCGAGAGAGGAAAGAGGCCAGGAGUGUGAGGGCCGCGAGGAGGAGCAGGAGUGGGAGGCAGCAGAGUGAGGAUGAACAACAGGCGGCAACGACGACUUCGCCCGCUACGGAGGAACAGGCGCCGCCCUAUACCCAAUGAGCAUGGGCACAAAGGGGAUGGAGCCCCUCCGGUCACGCAGCUUCGUCGUUCGCCGCUAUGAGGAGGGGACCAGCCCCGCGAUGGUUGCACAGGAGGGAGCAGAUGACAAGGGAGCAGACGCAAGUGAUACCGGUGGCUUUGGGGCUGCAUUAUUGCCAGAAUGUAGUGCGGAGACAAUGUCUGACUGUAGUCCCCUCAAUACCAG